AUGGUAUCCAUCAAAAAAGCGGAGGAGGAGAUUGGCUUUGAAAUCUUAAGGGGGAAUGGAAAUAAUCGACCUUCUCGGAAUCCUCGCCAUCGUGUUAUCCACUGUGGCAGAGACUUGUUUAAUCAGUCCACCAAUCAAGAAAAACUUCUUGUUUCUCUCAUCUUCCAUGGAGGUGGUCGCUACUUGGACGAUGCUAGCCAGUCUUAUUGGAAGCGUUUUGAACUCCUGAAGAUACUCGACAUCGAAGAUUUUGGGGUGAAGACUUUGUCAGAAUCUAUCAGCACACUGAUUGAGUUGAGGUAUUUGGGAUUGAGAAACAACUACAUAAAAGAGCUCCCACACUCGUUGAAGGGUUUGAAAAAGCUUGACGUUCUCGAUAUAGAUCUAAACUUUAUGGUGGAGGUGCCAGAUAUUAUCAAGGAAAUGGGUAGCCUUCGUCAUCUCUACAUGUUUGAUGUGAUUCACCAGGAGCCUUUGAAAGUAGACGCGCUACAAAAUCUCGAGAGCCUAACCUACAUCUCGAUUUAUGAUUGGACAUAUGAGGUCUCAAGCUUGGAGGCCUUAACUCGCCUUCGAAAACUAGGGAUUCAGGACAUGGAUGAAAACUCAGAUGCUGGCAAGCUCUUUCCGUCACUAGCUAAGUUGGAGAGACUUCAGCACCUUAUCUUCAAAGGGUUUCGUUUUAGAAGCAUGUCGCGUUUGGAGGAGAUUGAUGUUCUUAAAGGACUCCGUGCAUUCAAAUUGGAUGGUCUCCUAUCUAAGCUACCAAGUGCCGAUAAUUUCCCUCAAUAUAUUACUUUCUUGGCUUUGGUAAAUACGUGUCUUGCCGAAGACCCCAUGCCAGUACUAGAGAAGGUUCCUGAUCUACGGCACCUCAAACUGCGGAAUGCAUACACUGGUCGAACAAUGGUGAUCCAGUACAACGGGUUUCGAAGGCUUGAAGUUAUGUGCAUCGGUCAGUUGUGGAAUCUAAGAAAUAUACAAGUUGGGGAAGGUGGAAUGCCGAAUGUCAACCAACUAGAAAUCAAGAAUUGUCCAUAUCUUGAGGCCCUUCCAGAAGAAAUUGGGUUGAUGAAGCAUUUGAGGAAGUUUAAAAUGGUAACAGUCAAACGCAUUGCAACAAAAAUUAGAAAUUCGGAGUUAAUCUCCAAAAUAGUGGAAGUGGAUAUCAGUCCAUAA